AUGUUCGGCAUCGAGAAUCUUAGAGGUCGUCGCGUGCGACUCCUAGUGACUGUUGUUUGUGGUUGCUCGUUCUCCCUAUUCGGCUAUGACCAAGCGCUGUAUGGCGGCAUCGCCAGUGGUCCUGCAUUCGUGGAGCAUUUCAACCAUCCAAGUGCUACCUUGACUGGUCACACUGCUGCAAUUUACGACAUAGGAUGUCUCCUUGGAGCCGUUUUUGCGUUCUUCAUCGCAUCCAGGGUGGGACACCGAUAUGCUCUGUUGCUUGGCUCUGCAAUCGUCACAGUCGGAGCUGUGAUACAGACAUCGUCUGUCUCUAUCGGCAUGCUUAUCGCAGGUCGAGUCAUUGGAGGCAUCGGCAACGGCUUGAAUACUUCAGUAUCGCCCGUCUACCACGCAGAAACAAGUCGCACGCAUUCACGAGGGCGUGCAGUGAUCGGCGAGCUGUUCAUCCUUGAUCUCGGAUGGUUGACCGCGCAAUUUGUCACGUUUGGCUUUAGCUUUGUGAAAGACAGCCUUCAAUGGAGAUUUCCUACGAUUUUCCAGGUGUUCUUUCUCUUACCAGUGUUCGUAAUUCUGCCUUGGCUACCCGACAGCCCUCGGUGGCUUGCAACCAAAGAUAGGCUGUCCGAAGCCAAAAGGGUCUUGGGCCAGAUCUUGGACGAGGACGACUCAUCACCAACCUUCCAAAGCUACUAUGAAGAGAUUCAAGAAGUGGUCAAACUCGAGCAUGCCGCAGAAAAAGUGACUAUCGCCGAGGUCUGGAACGGUGAAGGCCAAAAUACGUACCGACUGCUCCUGGGAUGCGGCAUUAUGUGUAUGCAGCAAAUUGGUGGCAUUAACAUCAUCGCCUACUACGUUGUCAUCAUUUUCCAGAGUCUAGGCUUAGGAAACAAUCUGGCCCGCAUUCUAGCUGCAUGUACAGGAAUUGGCUGGCUCGCGUCUAACCUUGCCUCCAUGCUGGUCAUUGAGACGUGGGGUCGACGCAAACUCUUGAUGCUUGGGGGCAUGGGCCAAUUCGUAACCUUCCUCGUUGCAGGCAUCGCUCUCGGAACCGGCGGGGACGCAAAGUGGGCGGGCAUAGUUGUGGUGACGAUGGUGUAUCUCUACUUUAUCGUUUUCGCAUUCGCCUGGCAGUCGAUCCCUUUCCUCUACCCGGCGGAGAUCGCAUCGCUCAAAUAUCGCGCGCGCUUCUAUCCCAUGUCGAUUGGCACUAACUGGGCAUUCAACUAUGUGGUUGUUCUAGUGACGCCAGUCGGACUGCAAAACAUUGGCUUCUGGUUUUACAUCAUCUUCGCCAUUUUCAAUUUUGUCAACGUUUUCGUGGUCUGGUUCUUCUACGUCGAGACCGCGAACAAGAGUUUGGAGCAGAUCGAUAUGAUGUUUGUGGGCGAGCAACACGUGGACAAGAAAGCCAUGCCGCCGUAUUCACGACUCAUACGUAAGACUGCAGCUCGAUCUUCGGCAAGAUAUGACCAAACCCAGGACGAUAUUGGGAGGCGCGCUGGGACCGAAAAACUAUCCAGCAGCGAAGUUGAGGCUACUCAUGCGGCUUGA